AUGGAUGCAAGCGAACUUCAAUGUACUGCAAACGUCGAAAAACUGAACGGGCAAGGCGUAGUUUUACGGCGAAAUGUUUAUAAAUCGUGUACCACGAUUCUAGGUCGUGACCAGUUUGGUGAUAUUCAAUUGAGAAUCGCAGCAAAACAACAAAUCGUCCAAAAUUUCUUGUUAAAAGACAUCAACAUCUUUCGGCGUUUUGUUAAAGAAGGCAAGGCAACGAUUAAACUGUUGACCCAAAAUGUUCUUGUGAUGCUAUCGAACUGUCCGCCGGACAAACUUGCUGCUUUUUUGGCCUGUUUGAAGGUCAAACUUGCUGUGAAAACUAAUGAAGGGUUCACAGGAGAUAGAAAGCGUCUUCGUAGUGAGCUGCCCCGAAGUUUCGAACAUAUAAGUCCUCUAGUAGAGAACGAUUUAACAAAAGCGAAAGAAAAUAUCGCCCCGGCUACGUUGCAUGAUAAAACCCCCAAACGAAAGAGAUGUGAAGGUCCUAGCGACAAUGUGCCACGGAAAAAGCUCAUGAUUACUUCGAAUAAUGCUACGAAGAAGCCUGCAAAAUCCAGCGUAAAGUUAAACAAGUCACAGUUAAGUGUAUUGAAUGCUGUAAAGUGUGGUCAAAGUGUUUUUAUCACUGGAAGUGGAGGGACUGGCAAAUCAUUCUUGUUAAAGAAAAUUAUUGGUUUGUUGCCACCCCAUAAUACAUUUGUAACAGCAAGUACUGGUGUGGCAGCAUGUCAGAUUGGAGGCAUGACAUUGCAUUCAUUUGCAG